AUGCAUGCAGAGAGUGAUUCAGAUGGAACGAGCAUUGAUGUGUCAUGGGCAACAAGGUCACCGUCGAGAAGACCAUUUUACUAUGUUCAAAGCCCUUCCAACCCUGACGUUGAAAAAAUUUCAUAUGGUUCAAGCCCUAUGGCAUCACCAACUUACAAUAAUUAUCAUUACCACCAAUGCUCUUCCUUUAACCAUUCUAGGGAGUCAUCCACUUCGAGGUUCUCGAUUUCCGGUAACAUCCCGAGGACUCUUUCUGGUUGGAAGCACGAACAGAUUGGUCAUGGUGACGAUGAUAAUGACGAGGAGGACGAUGAUGGCCUCAGCAAUAGUAAUAAUGUGAGGCUUCUUUAUGUUUUUUGCCUCGUUUUAGUGUUGCUUGUGGUGUUUGCUGUGGUGGUUUUGAUUAGGUGGGAUGCUAGCAAGAGAUAUGAGCCUGAAAUCUUCGUUAAGCGCAUAGUGUUUGAGAACUUGUAUUAUCAGGCAGGAAAUGAUGAAUCAGGGGUGCCAACAGAUAUGCUUUCACUUAAUUCGACAGUCACGAUUUCAUACACAAAUCUAGCUGCUUUCUAUGCCUUCCACGUCACCUCUACUCCUUUAGAGCUUCACCAUUUCCAGCUCAAACUUGCUUCUGGAAAGAUGGAGGAGUUCACUCAACCAAGAAAGAGUGAUCGGACAGUGAAGACAAUUGUGGCAGGGCAUCAAGUUCCAUUAUAUGGUGGGAUACCGGUUCUUGUGGACACUAGACCGCACCUGAACCGGAUUUCAGUGCCUUUGAACCUCACUUUCAUGGUGAAAUCAAGAACUGACAUUUUGGGCACGAUGGUGAAAACCAAGUUCUAUGCUGGAUUCAUAUGCUCUUUCACAUUCAGAGGAAAUAAACUUGGGGAAUCCCUUAAUCUGACAGAUUCAUGUAUUUAUCAGUGA